AUGGACUCCCUUCCCGUCGAGGUAUACUGGAUACUAGCGAGGUAUCUAUCCACCCGCGAUCUCAGCAGCUUGGUCAGAUGCAGUAGGCUAAACCGCAAACGCGCCCAGCCACUUCUAUACCAGACUCUGCAGCUCAAUUUCACAUCUGGUAUCGUUGACUGCAGUACCAUGCUAGUCCUAAGGACGCUAUCGACAAACCUACAGUUAGGCGGUUUGGAAUUAUCGCUGCAUGGUUUUUGUGUCUCUGAACUUGUACCUGCCAGAACAUGGAAUCUGCGUAAUCUGGACCUCAAUCUCUGCCCUGGUGCCGAUCGAUUGAUUCAGCGUUUGUUGGAAACGAAGAAACUCAGCUCCUUGAAAGUUCUACGUUUUGCCGGCCAUCUUUCGAGGCAUUCUUUUUUGGAACUGCUCUCGUAUUUAGGUAAGACGUGCGAGUUGGAGGAGCUCUCGCUUCGACUGGGAGGAUUGUCUCAUCUCGCCGGUAAGAGUGGUGCCAUAAGUUCGGUCCAUCACACUGAAGUAAUGGCGAACUCCAAUGAAGCCGACGAACCUGUUCGACGCUUACGCUCGUCGUUGCUCGAAAAUGUCAUGAAUCACGGCAAGAUGCUUCGGCUAUUGGUAUUGGAUAUUCGAGAGGUCAUAGAUCAACCGCAGUCAUGCAUGCGAUUCGAUCUCUACGGAGUGCAGAAGCUCAUUGGGUCAUGUCCCAAGAUCGAGUUUAUUGGCAUGCCAGUCAACCUGCAGGCUUCUGGCGGGCAGCGUUAUCGACGAAUGAAUUAUGAAAAGAACAUCCAUUUAUCGGCGAGGCAGCUGAAAGCGUUCCAUCUCCGGGGCGAUUAUCGCCCCUUCAGUAGAACUCUGAACGACGCUAAGCACGUGUCAAAGCCAUUCCGAAACCGCUCAGAUUUUGAAAUCUUCAUAGGUCACUACGAUAAACUCCGAAAAGUUUCUUUUAAUCUUAAGGGCGAGCGGAAGUUCCUCAACGUCAAAGAGGAGGAGGUCAAAUUGUAUGAUUUAAAUUUGUGA